AUGGGAUUCAGGAGUUUGCAAGGGUGCAACCUAGCUCUUUUGGCAAAACAAAGUUGGAGGAUCCUGGAUGAACCUAAUUCACUGUGGGUUCGUGUGCUAAAAGGCAGAUAUUUUCCUAAUAGGUAUUUUAGAGAUGCUGUGAAGGGUGGUAGGGCCUCUUUGGCAUGGGCUAGUAUUCUAGAUGUGCGUAAUAUCAUCAUGCAGGGUGCUCAUGGCUCAUCAACUCGGAUUUGGAUGGAUAAAUGGAUUCUUCAUCUCUAUGGUAAUCGAGUCCAACCGGUACUGAGAGCGAAGUUAAAUAUGGAUAUGAAUGUUGAAGAUAUUAUUGAUCACGAGAAUGGCAUUUGGAACCUUGCUCCUAUUCGUCACCUUAUCUCUGCGGAGGAGGAAAAUGCAAUCCUCAACACUCCUUUUGGGAGUAAGGGGGCCAGUGACCUUCUUAUUUGGCUAAGUGAAAGGAACGGUCGGUAUUCGGUAAGAUCUAGGUACCACUGGUUGCAGUCGAGAAUUUCUAGCUCUAGCCUUCAUUCCCCAUCUAUCUCAUCCACGACGACCCCUAAGUUGUGGAAGCUCCUCUGGAAAAUUCAAGCCCUUGGUCGGUCUCCUCUGCCAAAUUUGCUCUCCACACCCAGAAUCCAUUGA